AUGGCGUUGCUGGAGGAUUUUUACUGGAACUGCAUAGAGGAAAAGUUCUGCUAUGACGAGUCUAUAGCAAACUACAAUCCUGAAGAAGACGAUUAUUAUACAAAAAAUAGCAACGGAUUUUUAUCGACUGACACCAAACAGGAAAACAACAAUUCACCGGUCUGUAUUCAACCUGGUAAUAGUCGCUUACAGAGAAACAUAUCGCAGAGUGCUAAAAUCCAUGAGGAUGACUAUCGUCAGAUAGCAACAAAUGGGCCCAUGCUAGCACCAGAAAUUUUGGCUGUAUUUGCCAACUCACAAAUUUUCCACGAUCACCAACCGCUAAAGAAGGCUGUAUCGCCAUCAGUGCACGGAAAAUCGCCGCUUGAAAAUGAUUCUAACAAAUUACUGAAGCGAUUGGAAGGUGAUGGAACGUCAUCUGCAAUCAAAUUCACCAUCGAAGCUCCAAGUUCAUCGAGCGGUUCGUCGUUGGGUGCAUCAAAGCAAUUCCCCUCCAUCCCGGAAGUGGAUGACGAACAAGACGAAAUCGUUCUACGACCGAGAGCAAGCGAUGACGUUCAAGUGUUCCGAUCACCGUUGCUGAACAAGCGAUUGCGAAGUGUGCAAAGUGUACCGUAUUUUUCAUUUCGGCCGGCAAGCGAAAAUGACAUAUUCACCAUAUCGGGCACGAACUCAAAUUCUAUUGGUCAGAUAA